CGUUUCUCGAUUCGACGAGCCGAAGCGUCUGGCAACCUGCGAAUGCACGUCCGCCGCCCGGCCUCCGGCGAGCAGACGACGCAGUAGCUCGCGCGCCAAUCAUUCGUCAUAGCUACGCGCGCUCCUGACGCCAGUUUGUCGUAGUCCGCCGCUGUAUAUAAGUGGACCCUUCCUCGGCUCACCGCUCGACUUUCGCACGCACAGCCUGAGGGAACAGGAAGAAAAACCCCGAAUUCCUGACCGCUCGUACAACGAACAGAAUCGUCGGCACACGCGUGGAAAUCAUGGCCCCCACAGCUGUUCUGCUGCUACUCGUCUCCACGUUUCUGCUUCUCGAAUUCUCGCAGGGGAACGAGUGCGUAGCCGCUGGCUACGGCUGCGUGCCCGAGCGUGUCUGUCCUAGGCAACAUAUCAAGAGGAAAUCCGGCUGCAGUACCGUCUGCUGCGACCUCGCCAACGUCAAGACCUGCGCUGCUAGAGGCGGAGAGUGCAGCCCGGCACAAACGAAUUGUAAGGAAGCGCCUGAACUGGCAGCCACUUGUGGACCAAGGCAAAAAUGCUGCAUCUAUGUGUAGGGACUGUUCUUUCGUCCAGAAUUUAUUUUUCGGUAUGAAGAUUGUCCUUCAAUAAAACAAUAUGAUGCUCUGUCAA